AUGCGUGUCUUCCUCGCCCUCCUCUCUCUCGCGGCCACCACCUUCGCGUACCAAGUCACUUCACCCAAUAGUCAGGAGAUCUGGUAUUCUCAUGGCCCCGUGACUGUGUCCUGGCAGCGUGUCGACACCGAUGCGGAGUACUUCACGAUGGUCCUCUACAACGACAAAUACCAGACGCUGCAAACACUCGCCCCCAAGGUCGACGGCAAGCUGGGGAAGACAACGAUCUACCCGUCUGGUGCUCUUCCCGUCGGUGAAGGCUACCAAGUCAACUUCGUUCAAGACCCGAGUCACCUCCACAACAUCCUCGCGCAAUCGUCGGCGUUCAAGAUCCAGCCUUCAAAGUAA